AUGGCAGACCUGGGCUGCAAAAAACCCAGCGACUGCACCGUCUCCAGGCUCCUCAGCGUAGUGGAGAGUGAACUCCGGGCUGGGAGAGACAAAGGCGACCCCACGGAGAAGCAGCUCCAGGUUGUCUUGGAGGAUGCGACGCUCUGGCAGAGAUUCAGGGAAGUCACUAAUGAGAUGAUCGUGACCAAGAAUGGCAGGCGGAUGUUCCCUGUUUUGAAGAUCAGCGUGUCGGGCUUGGAUCCAAACGCCAUGUACUCCUUCCUGCUGGACUUCGCUCCGACUGAUGGCCACCGCUGGAAGUACGUCAAUGGAGAGUGGGUGCCAGCAGGGAAACCAGAGCCACCGAACCACAGCUGUGUCUACAUCCACCCAGACUCUCCCAACUUUGGGGCCCACUGGAUGAAAGCUGCCAUUUCCUUCAGCAAAGUCAAACUUACCAACAAGCUCAAUGGGAGUGGGCAGAUAAUGCUGAACUCGCUGCACAAAUACGAGCCCCAGGUGCACAUAGUUCGCGUAGGAGGCCCCCACCGGAUGGUGAUGAACUGCUCCUUCCCUGAGACCCAGUUCAUAGCGGUGACUGCCUACCAGAAUGAGGAGAUAACAGCUCUCAAAAUCAAGUAUAAUCCCUUUGCCAAAGCCUUCCUGGAUGCAAAGGAAAGAAACCAUUCUAAGGAUGCUCCAGAGACAGUCUCUGAAGGUCAACAUAUGACAUAUUCUCACUCUCCGCAGGCUCCCCACAGCUGCGAGAGAUACCCAGCCCUGCGAGGCCAUCGCCCUGCUCCAUACCCACCCUCCUACAUGCAGAGGAAUCACUCCCCUACAGUUAACUUGUUGGAGAGCUCCAGCAAUAAUCUUCAGGUAUUCUCAGGACAUGACAGCUGGACUUUGCCACCAUCUCCACACACUAACUUGCUCUCAGUGCCACACACAAAGGGAGGUGCCAGCCCUGGACCCAGCCACUACCCUUGCCUGUGGACAGUGAGCAACAGUGCUGUAAAUGCUGCCAACACGGGAAGUGAGGUGAACAGCAGCCCUCCAAGCGUGUUUUUAAGGGGUAAUGUCCCCUUACCCGCUGCAUCAUCAGUGCAAAUCCCCCUGCAGGGAAUGGUGUCUGGCAGCAUGGAAGCACAGGGGGAAGGCGCUCUCACCAGACUGUCCGACUCCACGUGGACAUCCUCACACUCCUUUUAAUGGACAGGCAGCUCCCGAGGGAAGCUCGGCCAACCAAGACAGACACAAAUGGCAAAUGAUCCCCAAGGAGUGCAGUGCAAAGCAGAAUGUAUGCAGGAAAAGGACUUCAUCCCUUCUCAUAAUGUACCUUUUGUGUGCCAGCUAAGCCAAAAUGCAAAGGCAGGAGAUAUUACAGGACCCAGCUUGUUACUGCAUCUUUUAUGCAUCAUUCAGGAUGAUGUCCAGAAAUAAUCUUUUUAGUUAGCUUUGCUUCUAUAUCACAUUAAAAUGAUCAGAGACAUGGGACUGAGUGAAGCAGACAUGGCAGCUGGAUACUCGCAUGUCAUUUUAGAAGUUCCUUCUGUAACUAACGGCCAAGUCUAGGGAAAACUGUGAGCAAGUUUGCAACUGGUCAUUUGAAGGGACAGCACUGCUUUAAAGGCUUUCUGAAUCUCUUACACAGGGGUUUUCACAAUACCUGAAACUAAACCCCUCAGGGUAUGAAAUUAGUCUGACAUCCUAAUGCCACCUGCAUACAGCAUUCACCAUCCCCUUCCCUUCUCCAGCUGCUCU